GUCUUUCCAUUCAUAAUAUACAUAGAUAGACAGGAGAAAACAAAGUACAUUUGAGCGGUAUUCACUAGGGCAGACAAAAGUUAUUUUUCCACUCACUAUAUUAAUGAUGGUAUAUGUAAAUAUAUUACAGAAUCAUGAUUACAUAUCACACACAAUUAUUACGUUUCGUGACAUGAUUGGUUCUCCCAAAAAUUCUGCAUGAUUCAUUCAAUUAGCAAACUAUAUAAAUGUAUAUAAAUAUGCCCAUUUCAUUAGUUUUGCUUACAGUGUAAUAAUACAACAAAGGAGUUGAAUAGGAACAUUAUGAAAAAGGAAUCAAAAGUCGAUUUUAAACCAACAAUUAUGACAUCAACAAUGCCUUCAAACAAUGCGGAUCAAUGUCAUCCAUUGAAACAUUUAACAAACAAUUAUGACGUACAUCAGAUUACUACACCGACUAAUAACGAACGUAAAUUGAAAACUAGAACAGAAUCUUACUCAAAAAUGAAUAGUAUACAAGAGACUUCUGAUUAUGACACAAACAUGAAACUGCCAAGAUUUAUGUCAAACUAUAAGUAUAAACAAGCUAAAUACUUGUUGAAUUUAACUCAAAAUAAGUAUAGAAAACGAAAACCAUUCCAUUUUAUUGAUUCUACACUAUAUAAAACCCAUUGGAAUUAUUCAUCUUACUAUAAUGACAACGAAACAAAUGAGAAUUAUACACCGACAUACCGUCCAUAUAAUUAUUACUACUACUAUAACUACAAUAAUAAUAGUAGUCAUAGCCGGAGUGCUUAUAGUAAUAUUUACGGUAAACGUUCUGAUUAUGGAAGAUUUAAGCGUAGUAAAGAUUCUGGUCCAUCGCUUGCUGAUGUUCCAAUGAAUGUGGAAUUUAAUACUGCGAAUCCAACCUAUGCAUCGAAUCGUUUUCAUGUUUUCAGUUAUGAACAAGUGAAACAAUUAGAUGCAAUUAUGAAUUCUUGUAUAUGUAUUGCUCCAAAACCUUUAUUUUCCAGUUGUAUAGAUGAAAAUAAUCCAGUGUCAAUGAAUAAAGCAUGUUCUUGUUGUUAUUUACAACAAUCACUUAUGAACAGUGUUAAAAAUGCAGAUGAUUUAGACAUUUCUGGAUUGACGAUAACUCCACUUUCCAAUUUAUCUCAGAAUAAAAAGACUAGUGGAGAAAUGACAGAUACAACCAUUGAUGCAACCACAAGUGAAACCCCGAGUACAACUCCAACAAAGAAUACACCUUCAAUAAGUAGUAAUAAUAAUUUAAAGACUUCAACAUUUUCUGAUCAUUUACUUAAUGAGGAAAAUUUUAUAACACAUUCGUCUAACAGUCCUGACCUAUCGUCUACAUGUUAUCAUGACGCCUCCGUAAAUCUACCGUCAUCAUACACUCCACUAAUGCCUGGAAUAUUUCCAACAACAAGAUUGCCAACAAUUCGUAUACAACUCAAAAAAUUGAUUCGAACAAUACGUGAUCGGUUGGUUGAAGAGUCGAUACCAGUGAAAGAAAUACGUUUGGGUGGGGGAGCUGCAUGUUCUAUUGUAGGUUCACAAAAAACUGAAAAAUUCAACGAUAUCGAUUUAAUUUUUCGAGUUGAUUUAUCCAAUUCUUCAACAUUUACAAAAAUCAAAUCAAUUGUCUUCUCGUGUAUUACACAUAUACUAGCGGAUACAAUUGCAUUAGAAAAAUUAAAACAUUAUUCAUACGGUUGUACAUAUAUGUGUAAUAAUACACUUCCUCUUCCGCCUAUACAUUCUCCUCAGACGACACCACAGAAUUCCUUGCCGCCAUGUUGUUGUAAUUGUACUUGUAGUACACUGAACAAAUCAUUUCAGUUAAACAAAGAAAAUUUAGGAAGUUUACAAACUACUCAUGAUGCACCUAAAGGUAAUAAUAACCAUAAGAAUAAGCAUAAGCAUAAUAAUAAUAAUAAUUCAAAUUCAGUAAUGAUCGAAUCAUCAGGAAAUCGUCAACCUUUACAUGAAAAUCAAUCGAAUGGAGUAUACCAGUCAAAUGUUAUUACUGAAGAAAACUCCUGUGAGCCUGGAACAUGCUCACAGAAUGAGAAAAAUUCAUUAUCAUCAAGUGAAAAUCAAACAGAAGGCUGUAAUUAUACCUAUUGUAGUGUAUGUCAUCCUUAUUAUGCAUAUGAUUCAUUUUUACCGCCAGUAGCGUGUUCAAUGUGUUCAAGACAAUUCAGUUGUUCAUAUUACAAUAACAUUGACUGCGUUAUUAAUAACAAUAAUAAUAAUAAAAGUGGAAAUAAUUCAACUAGUAUAAUGAAUCCAUAUAAUGCUACAAUUGUUAAACAAUAUAUCCAAAAAAUGAUUCGUAUAUUUAAACCGAAUUCAAAGAUAUCGGAUUCAUGGUCAUUAUUUACGCUUGGUUAUCGUAGCUUAUCAAAAGAUAAUGAGACAAUGAUAAUUGACAUGAAAUUUAUUGAUCGUAUGCAUCGUCAAUUUGAAUUUACAGUGGACAGCUUUCAAAUUGUUCUAGAUAGUUUGAUAAAAUUUCAUGAUCCAACCAAUGGUUAUUUACAGCAUCAAAAGAUGAAUGAAAAUUUCUAUCCUACAGUUGUAGCUGAAUCGUUGUCUGGUAGUUAUGUUGAAGCGGUGGCACAUUUAAAUGAGCAUAUAAUUGCAACAUAUCGACCAGAAGAGAUACAUGGUGGUGGUCUAUUGAAGUACUGUAGGCUGUUAGCUGAAGAUUAUAAACAGUCGGAGACUACAGAUGUUAUGUCAAUGGAAAAGUAUAUGUGUUCUCGAUUUUUUAUCGAUUUUCCUGAUAUUAUAAGUCAGCAUAAUCAAAUCAAUGCAUUUUUGUUGAAUCAGUUUGAGAGGGAUUCAAAGAAGAAAGCGAAUUAUUUGAAUAUUUUAUAUGAAGUUGUCUCAAAUUCUACUAUAUGUUUGAUGACACAUGAAAGACGACAAACUUUAUGCUUAAUCCAGAUGUUUUUACGAGAUGUCAUUGAAGAAGAAGAAGAAGAAGUGGAACAACAACAGCAACAACGCCUGCAUCAACAACAAAACCAACAAAAGCAAGACAGUAAACAAUCAAUCGUACAUUUACAAGAAUUUUCAUCAAACGAUUGGGCACUUGACAAGGUGUUUUAUGGUACUAACUACUUUCCUAGACAUAUGUAUCAAGUUGCUGAUAAAUCGGAAUUAGCCAAUUCUGAUGAAAAGUUUACAACUAUAACAUCUGACAAGCAAAUCACAUCAACUUCAAAGACAACAACUGUAUUAAAAGUGAAACUUAAAAAAGUUCAAGAAGAAGAACAUGACAAAGACAACAAUGAUGGUGCUAAUAAUGGUGAAGAAAGUGAUAAACAGACAGAUCAGAUGAAUAACACUCAUAAAGAUGAUGAAGAUCCAAGUGAAACUGGCCUGGUAGAUAAUGGUAAUAAAGACGAUAAUGAUGGCACUAAUGAUGGUGGCGAUGAUGGCGUUGAUGGUGUCGAUGGUGAUGAUGAUGAUGAUGACGAUGACAAUGGAAGCCAUUCUGCGUCAAUUGACAGUCUAUCAAAGAAUUCAUCAUCAGAGUGUACAUGUCAUCUUCACUAUCCAUUAUUUCAUCGCUAUCCCCCUUAUCAUCAUCAUUACCACUAUCACCAUCUUCUGAAUUAUCAUUCACAACAUAAUCGUCAUCAUUGUUGUCACCAUUAUCCACACCAGCAUUUAAUUCAUCUGCCCCCUCCUCCUCCUCCUCCGCCUCCACAUCAUCAUCCAGUCAAUAAUGGCGAUAUGUAUUACUACCCUCAAAUGGUCACUUAUUUCCCUACUAAUGAUUAUCUCCUUACACCAUCUAUGAUUAAAAAUCAAGCCUACUAUUCACUUCCUUAUGAUACUACCACUUAUAAUAACCAGACUGAUAAUAACAAUUCAGCUCAUAUCCCACCCAACAGUCUUCCACAUUAUCAUGCAAAAAUUAUAUUACCACAAGACACCAAGACACACGAGAGAUGUCUUCUUAAUCAUAAUGAUAUGAGACAUUAUGUCGGUGUACCAUGCACUUAUCCAUCAAUGAUUUAUUCAAAAUUCCCAACAGACACCACUACUACUACUAAUGUUACUACUGAUAAUGGUAAUAGUAGUAAUGAUACUCAAAUGAUACAAUCAAGAGAUAAUAUGUUAACUUAUUGUGAACCACUUAUCUUUUAUUCUCCAACAGAUCAAAGCUAUUAUCUAUGCCCUACAACAACAUCUUUGCAUGAAGUACAAGAAAGUCUACCAAUAGUGUAUAAUUAUACACCAAUAUAAUAAUAAGACUUUAUUGAUAUUUCAAGGUAUAGUUAAAGGUGUCAAUCGUAUUGUCUUAUUUUGAUAGUGGUUAAAUAUUUGUCGAUAGGCAGCAUGUGUUGUAGAGGUUCGGUUAUCUGUUGAAAGCUUCGUCAUCGUCUUAUUCUUCUGCCGCUCACAUGUUCAUUCAAUGUUAUCUUUAAUUCAGGCAUGGAAGCAGUCAUACAUGGCUUCAUUGUAUAUACGAGUUGCAAAUUUAACUCUGUGUGUGUGGUUUACUCUGUUUGCCCUCGAAUACUUGGAUUGUUCUCAUUCAACUAGUCAGCUUAAAACAUCGUACAUAAAUCUUGUUAUUCCAUUAGUUAACAAACCCAUCCAUAGUUGAUUCUUCUUUCUGCUCUAAAGUGUAUGUAUACUACUCAUAAGGUAUCAUGUGAUUUCUAUGUGUGUGUGUAUGUAUGUGUGCGUGCUUGUGUGUGUGUGUGUUGUUUUGUUUCUGUCGCAUUUGAAGAAAAUUCUCCCCUUCUUUGUGAUAUAUUAUUCUUCAUAAAUUGUUUAUCUAUUCAAAAGUUUAGAAGAAGACUGUUGUUACUGAAGCAGAGUCUAUGUGUACCCUCUACUGUUCUGCGUAUAUUUUAUUUUGCCAUUACUGUUGUGAAAUGUGUUAACGUAUAUAUGACUUUCAGUAUGAUCGUUACCAUUGUGUUAUCAAUAUUAAUUAAUUAAUUAAUUAAUUCUGUGAUAAAUUUGUCCUUGUUGAGAUUUUGUGUAUAUUGUCCUAGUGCUGUUCACUUUUCAUCUUGAUGUGUCAGAAAUAAAUAAACAAAUCAAAAUUAUAUU